AUGCGACAAGCAAUUUUGCUCUCAGUCCUACUGGGAGGCAGAUUCGUUCGAUCAGCCAUCGACAUUGACGGCAAUCAGGUCGUUGAUCCGAUUGCAGAAGACGACCCGCUGCUGCAAUUGUCCGUCUCACAAUCUUUGAAUGAUUCGGACGCCACCACCCUCAUCCGCAGCUGCACCCUCGGUGAGGGCGGAAUCUCCGUGCCUGAGAAUUUGGCUACCGUGGAAAACCCAAAGACGACGAAUGCCCUUGCUAUCUCCAAGCGGGAGACCGAAGCGACUUGCGUAGCUUCUGGCGUUGAGACAUCACACAAAGUGCAACUUUUUGCCAGUGGUACCGAGCAAGAACAAGAAGACAAUGGCCGUGCGUCCACUCUGAUCAAGGGCAUGCAAGACUUCUUCAGCACACGCGAGAACUGUGAUGAACAAUUUGUGUUCGGCUACUACAAUGAAACAGUCGCAGGAGUCUACAUUGGCGAUGGCCUUGGGAAAGACACUAUUCAGUCUUCUUUGACGAGUCUUACCGACCGUUACGCACCUGGAACAUUCCCGGGUCAUGUUGCAGCUCAGGCCUGUCAUUCGGACGCAACACAUCCUGGUAACAUCUUUGGUAUUACCAUCGAAAACUCUCGCGAUCUCGCAUCUGUUCAAGAGACUACUAUUCAAUGGAGUAAAGCCACCAAAUACGGAGUCACGGUCGACGACAUUGAGAAAUGGAACAAGAAGAAGACCUGGGCAUGGACGAAAUGCGAAGACAUGCUUCUUGGGUACAACAUGUGUGUCUCGGAUGGCUUUGCACCCAUGCCACCUCCUGCGCAAGGAGCCGAAUGCGGACCUCUCGUACCCGGUACACCAGCACUGACAGAUCGUAGCAUAUCGCUAGCAGAUCUCAAUCCUUGUCCGCUCAAGGCGUGUUGUAGCAACUGGGGUUAUUGUGGCGUUUUCGAAGGUCACUGUGCUAUCCACGCACCACCUGACUCUUCUCCCGGCACCAAAUUGAAGGAAUUCCAGAACUCAUGUGUUUCCAAUUGCGACAACGAGAUCAAGAAGAAUUCGGCUGCGCCAACCAAAUACGAACGAAUUGGCUAUUAUGAGUCAUGGAACAUGAAUCGCGACUGCCUUUGGCUCAGAUCCGAGGACGCAAACACGGACGGAACGUACACGCACAUCCACUGGAGUUUCGCCGACAUCGAUCCUACAACCUUCAAAGUCAUAAUCAGAGACGAGCACAAACAAUGGGACGGGUUUAUGAAGCUGAAGAACGUCAAGCGCAUCGUCUCCUUUGGUGGUUGGGCUUAUUCGACCGAAGAACCAGGCGCCUCUAUCCUUCGUAGAGCGAUUAUCGAUAACCGCAACCUCUUCGCCACAAAUCUCGCGCAGUUCGCCCAAGACGAAGGUAUCGAAGGCAUUGAUAUCGAUUGGGAAUAUCCAGGUGCUCCGGAUAUUGCAGUUGGUGGCUCAAUCAUCAGCCAGAAGACUGACGGUAUUGAGUACCUCAAGUUCCUCACCGUUUUGAAGCAGAAAAUGGGAACAAAGCUCGUUUCUAUCGCUGCGCCGGCAUCCUACUGGUAUCUAAAAGCCUUCCCCAUCGACCGGAUCGCGUCUGUUAUCGACUAUAUUGUUUACAUGACAUAUGAUCUUCAUGGCCAAUGGGAUUACGGCAACCCCAACUCCUUUGACUCUUGCGACUCUGGCAAGUGCAUCAGGAGCCAUGUGAAUCUUACAGAAACCGACAAUGCCCUCGCCAUGAUUACCAAAGCUGGUGUACCCAACAACAAGAUUUUUGUGGGCGAAUCUAGCUAUGGAAGAUCAUUCCGCAUGGCAAAGCCUGGAUGCUGGAGCUCAAUGUGCAAUUACGUCUCUUUCUUGGAUGAGAGUUCCAAACUAUCUCGACGAGAACGCUGGAGAAAUCUCAACUUUGCUGGUACCAUCGACUGGGCUGUCGACUUGCAGGCGUUCUCGAAUGCCGACAUGGAGAUUCCCGAGCGACCUUCAUCUGGACAAGGUUGUGUAUCAGGGUUAGAUCUUACCCUCAACACUUGGGAUUUGUGCGAGUUCACUUGCACGUACGGGUUCUGCCCUGAGACACUAUGUGAAUGUAGAGCGCAAGGCGACUUGUUACCCCUGCCUCGUGAUCAGGGCGAGGCUGACAUCGAAGCCUGGAGUCCUGCAGAUGUCGACAUCACUCGGCUUUGCAAGUUUGCUUGCAAGUAUGGCUACUGCCCGGACGAUGUUUGCCCCGCUGUCGUCAAUGACGACGAAGUAGACGAUAGCGGUGCCAUCAUCGAACAAACAGAGAGCACCAGUCCGACUAAGCGCGACGUAUACGCCAAAGCAUGCACAGUAUGGAAGGGCUUGUCACCAUACGAUAACAGUGUUGCAGAAUGCAAGAAGGUCUGCCAACCGCAGCUUGAUGCGGCUGCAGCGGCUGGGAGAACCUCAAACUACGGUUGUCAAGCUAACGUUGAUGUCGGUACUGGCGGCAUCACAUGGAAUAGGGUACCCAAUGGGUACAUUACCACGGGCACAUGCCUUUGUGACAACUGGUUGAUGAACGAGAUAGCGGAUACAGUGCUUGAAGCAAUGCCUAUGAUCGCACAGGUUGGUAUCCCCUCUUCCCUCAAUAUAGCCUUCGGUGAUACUGAUCAAAGCUACACAGAUAAGCUGCUACGUACUUAUGUCUUCUUUGAAGUUUAUAUGGCUACAACAGCCGCUCAAAUGGCUGCAUAUCUGUACCCCGAAGAAGAAGAUCCCGAAGGCGCGUUUUCGUGGUGGUUAUCGCCCUGUGGAGGAACCGAUCUGGUUCCUGAGGACAUCAAGACAUUGUUCGACACACUCAGCACAGUGGCUGAUGGGGUCUCAAGUUUUAAGAAGCCAAAGAAUCUGAACAAGGGCAGCGGUAAGAAAGGCGACGACGGGAACCCCCCGGAAAGUGACAGGACGAAGCCCAGAUCUACAAACAACCAACCCACGCAAGCCAGAUGUGUUAUCAGGCCUAAUCAGGACUCGAAAGCAUGGGGCAAAGGCCACGUUUGGCAGAAGCAAGAGUGCAAAAACGGUCAGACUCACAUAACGCAAUACGUCGUUAGUAACUCGGCUAUAGAUGUGAACCCAGCCUGGGCUACGCAACCUUGCCAUGCUCAAGCUGCAUCCACUGCUUGGAGAGCUGAAGACAAAGACCUGGUCGCAACUUCUACCUGGUCUGCCGAGCACAGGGGGGACGGCUGGACACACAGCACAUAUCGACUUGAACAGGACUGCCACAGGGACGAAUAUCCUCCAGCGUAUUUUAUGUACCCUGGCAACCCCAUUAUGGUCAACGGAGGCAAACAGCCGGAUGGUCAGCUUAUGAGAUGGCUCAGAGGCAAGUGGAACGUCCAAGCAGCGAACAUGUGGAAAGGCGUAUGUUUCUUGCCCCCGUUGCGAGACUGGACCGAAAAGGACUACCUGGAUGCGGAGAAAAAAGACCUUGCCAAACUGCAGGUACUCUCAUCCAAGUCGUUGGGCAGAAACAACCACAUCACGAGGCACUAUACCACUAUCCAAUUUUCCGGCACCGCCCAGAAGAUUCCCGAAUUUACUGUCACCAAGUGGCCGACGCCACCAGCGGGCUCAGAAAAGGGGCUCUUGACAAACCAAUGCUGGCCAAAGGACAUCGCGCCUCUCGAUCCUGGCUUUGUGCUCCUGGCAGUGGAUCCGUACUACGUCGGCAAAGCUAUACCUUACAAGUAUGACCAGGAAAUGGUCAAAGGGAGCAACGGUGGCCCUUAG